GUGGCAUUGGAUCCGAAGAACAAGAACUUGUAUGCAUUGACUGCGGGGACAGUGUUUUACUCGAUUGAAAAGUUCAACGCAAACACUAAGAAUCAAUUCGUGGAUCAAUGCUAUGGCCAACAAAUUGGUCCCAUUUAUAAGAAAUAUAUUCACGUCAUUAAAGACAAAAAUCCUGUUGAAUUCAAACUAAUAGAUUUGAUUUAA